CAACUUGUUGCCGGCGGCAGGAUAGGGGCGGGUGAGGCCCCUGAUUGAUGACGAGCGCCAAGCGACGAUUCCUACCUUACUCGCCAUCAUGGGAUGUGUCUUCUCAUCGCUUGCGCAGGUGUUCCUCUAUGUCGGCGAGUUCUUCGAGAACGUCUUCCUCCUUCUCGGCGAGAUCCUCUCGGUCCUCACGCGCGGCAUCUUCACCCUCCUCGUGGGCAUCUGCGACAUUCUUGCCGCCGCCUCGUGCUGUUGCCGAGUGCCCUACGACCAGCGGCCGGAUCGAGGCACAUUCGUCUACUCGAACGCAAUCACAAAGGAUGUAGGAGGCAACAAGGUUCUCAACAAGAUGGUAAUCAGCCAAGCCGACAGAGCCAAACAGCGUGAGGAUAAGCUCAAGAAGACAGAGGCUGCGCUGGAGAAGCAACGUGAUGCCAAGGAGAGCGAGGACGAUAAGGCUACGUCCGAGUCAGCCGCCAAGGAAGCAGAUGCUGCGACAAAGCCCUUCAUGGCGCGCUUCUUUGGUAGUCAGCCCGCAAAAAAGAUCGACGGGACGCCAGCUGCCGCCGCAGUCGCCGCCGCCAGUGGCAAGGAGGGGGAGGUCGCUCCUGAGCCAGUCGCAAAGGGCGACGUCCCCGCCGAGACCAAGCCUGCAAAGGAGCCUUUGGUCAGGCGACUAUUCGGCAAGCCCGCUGCAGCGAUGGCCGAGAAGGGGGAGACUGCGCCCCCCGCACCCGUGGAGAAGUCAGUCGACGUUGCUGCUGCAGGCGCACAAAACGCUGCGGACCCCGCCGAGCCCGCUGAGGCUGGGAAGGCCCCCUCUAAGCCCUUUUUCGCAUGGCGUUCCAACGAGAAGCCGGAGGAGCAGAAGACCCCCACCGUCUCUGCCAACAGCGCACCUGCCGAUGGCGCCGCCGCGCCGCCGGCUGAAUCCGCCACGGCUGCAGCCGCCGACAAGCCCACCGAACUGAAGAGGGCCAAGACGACGCUUCAGACUCUGUGGCACGGCAAGAAGCCCGCUGUCCCAGAGAAGCCCACGACCGCUGGCGCUGCUGCUGCCCCUGCUGACGGCGACGUAGUAAAGACUGAGGCUCCUUCUGCUGCUCCUGCGGCUGUCGAAGAGCCCAAGGCCGCUUGAGCCAGGUCGCAGAAGUUGCUCUAGCCUUCUCCCUCUAACAUACCACGACUCGAUCAUACCAAUCCGGAGACUGAUUCCCUUGUAAUGACUCUCACGACUCCUUCAAU